AUGGCACCUCUCUUUCGUCACACUAGCAGUACAAUCUGCUUUUUCUGUAGGUCUACCAUAAAACCUGCACCCCCAGAUCAAAGAUCCUUCCGCUGUCCGCACUGUGACUGUUGGAACCGCUAUGACGCGAACGGCGACAUCAUGUCAGAUGAACCUGCCAUGCACGACGAAUCCCUGAACUCAAAGUCUUUUGCAAAGCGAGCUUCUCCCAGCAAGGACCGCUUGCCGUCCAUGUACGGAACCGGUCAGUUCUGUCAUACGUGCCAGACAAACCAAAUGCUCUUGGUCAACCUUCUCUCAAACUACCUACCGCCACCACAUCAUCCGGACUAUGCGCAGCGUUUGGAGAAACUUCCGGAAUAUCGUGAAUCGUUGCAUGUCCGAUAUCCUCCGGUGUGUGCCAACUGUAUGCCUGCUGUCGAAGAGGAGAUCCGGAAGAAGGAUCAUAUGGCUCGGACAAAGGCGCUGGGCGGAUGGUUAAAUGACAGCAGAGGCAAGGAGAAGCAGAGGCAAGUUACGGGAUCCAGUAGGGAAAGAGAAAAACUUCAGACUCAUUUGUUUCUGUGGAGACUGAGAGGGUUUCUAUGGUUUAUGACGUUAGUGGUAGCUGUUGUCGUUCACUCAUCUGGUGCGCCAACACAUUCUCACAGUCAUGUGCAACAGGUCCUUCCUCUUAUUGCUCUAUGUAGUUUAUUUUGGACUGCAUGGGACCCGACAUACUACUCCUUCCGGAAGGCACGAAUACAAGGUCGCGAUCUUCGCGUUCAUGGCAAGAAACAUUAUAUUAUUUUGCAAAUGACCGCAUGGUUCUCCAGAUUGCUAUCAUCUAUUCUUCUCGCACUAUCAUUGCACUCGCCCUCUCGGGACUACUUGCAUCUUUCGCAAUAUCCGGCAUCAUCACGAACGCAUUACUAUUGCCUAAUAUCACUCAUCGUUGAAGCACUCAUUUGCGCUACCUCAUUCGUCGCGCUGCGCGUACAGAAACCUCCGCCAAUUCGUUUAAUUGAUACCUCUAGCCACCAGCAUCCAGCCACCUCUGCUCAUCCCACACCUGAGUUUUCCCCUCGUCCAUCACCCGCACCCCAUACGCGAACUGCUAGCGAACCAGACCUCCUUGCAUCCCUCUCACUCUCAUCAAAUCCUAUAAUGUCCCCCAGUAACCCGAUAUUCGGCCUUCCUUCUCUCAUGGUAUCCAACUCAACAUACACGGGCUCUCAAAAUAAGGAUGAAGACGAGGAUGACGAUGCUAUGGACUGGACCCCUACGGUUCCUUCGCCUGCAAAGCCGAGGAAGAUCCUUAAUGACGAUGAUGAUGGUUCGUGGGUCAAGCCACAGCGCUUCUUCCCUCCAGAACGGCCGACGGGCCUGGAGUCCUUGUUCGCAAGUACCAAAUUGGACGAUAGAGAUCACAAGCCUUCGUCUGCUGCACACCCCACUCAUACACGGGCUACCCUACGUAUGUUUGCGGUGCGCUGGUGGCGCGCAGGCGCCACGUUGAUCCUCAUCCCUCUUGCAGCUUUAGGGUUCAACUUCUGGCAAGGAGUGCAAACGGCACGAGAGAAAUUGACUUAA